AUAGAACCUAUUGUUGCAUAACUACUGUUUUGAUUAUCAGAUUGUUUAUAAAACAGAUACUGAAGCCAUGACAUCAUCUAGGAUGAAAGCCACAAAUGUUGACCUAUAGUAAAAAUCAACAUUUCAUCAGAAUGAGAUUUUACAAACAGUCACCAUCAGGGCAAUUGUUAAAUACCAUGCAUAUGACUUAGUUUAAUAGCGAGCUAGCUGCCUGAAGGGCCAUCUUUUUUUAAAGUAAAGUAAAUCCUAAAACGUUACACUCUCUGAUACUAAGUAGUAGAAAGACAAUCUGCUUAUGAUACAAAUAAUAUUGUGUAUUUGUGACAUUGCUCUCAUCUUUUUUUUAAAAAGUAGCCUACUUUAAAAGGGAAAAUCAAUGUUUUUUUAAUGAAAAAGAUAAAUAUAAUUGGUUAAAGUGCACUCUUCACCCUCGUGUUGUGUCUAUUUACAUGCUUGGGCAGCGGGAAGCGCUCGGCGCGUGGCGAGGCGUUAUUCGCGCGCCCCGUCCGGGCCAAUGGGGGAGGAGGAGCGAUGUGACAGCGGGUCUCCAGCCGAGCCACCGGCGCACUUCCUCAGCGGGACGGCGGCAUGGCGGCGAUAACCGCCGCCGUUAGCGGCAAGAAAACGCACGGUAACAGGGAGCACGGCCGGAGGAACCGGGAGAACUCGCGCCGGAGACAAGCCGCUCUUUUGUUUCUCAGCAACAUCUCUUUGGACGGGCGGCCGGUGCGGAGUGAUUCGACCGACCGCGUCGGGAGCCUCCGGCACGGAGACACCGACUUGGAGGCAGCCGUUACCGGCUCUCAGGUGUUGGCCGAGCUGUGUCCGGAGCUCGCGAACGCCGGAAGCUACGGGACAUUCUCCGGCUUGACGGCGGCCGUGAGCUGCGGGGACGUGAAUCCGUCCCCGGCACCGAGGACCGGUCUCCUCGGCAUACCGCCUAUCCUCGUCCUGCCGUCGGACGCGGGCUUCGGGGGCGCGGGCAGCGCGGAGGUCCUGCUGCGGUGCCGCCGGGACUCGCUCCCGUCGCCCGGGAACCUCAACCUGCUCUUGCCGUCCCCGUCCAGCGUCAGCAUGCUGCCGUCGCCUCUGGGACCGCGGAAGUCCUCCACGCUGCUGUCGGUCCAGAGCUGCAACUCCGUGUCCUCAGAGCCGCGGCAAAGGACUCGUAACCUCUCUGGUGGCUCUCCAAGACCUCGACACACCAAGAAGAUCCACUUCAUCAAAAACAUGAAACAGUACGACACGAGAGGCAGCCGAAUCGUGCUGAUCUGUGCAAAGAGGUCUCUGUGUGCGGCCUUCUCCAUUCUGCCCUACGGAGAAAGCUUCUACCUUAGUGACCCGACGUUAAACCACACCAGGAGGAGGCACUCGUCUGGUAACAUCUCCACCACCCUGGAGAUGCUCCCGGGCCUGGAGGGUUUUCAACUGGACACCUACGGCCGGUCUGUGUCGUACGCCCAGUUCCUGUACCCGACCAACGCCCUGGUGAGGCACAAACCGUCGUCGACCUGCGACCUGACGCUGCAGAUUCCAGUUUCCAGGAGUACGCUCAGCAUGCCGGGCAGGAGCUGCCCGCCCAGCAGGCUGAACAGCACUGUGGGACUGGACCUGGGUCUUGAAGAUGUGACGGACUACGACCCGAACCUCCUCAGUGACCCCCAGUGGCCUUGUGGGAAACACAAACGGGUUCUGAUCUUCGCCUCUUACAUGACAACAGUAAUAGAAUACGUCAAACCAUCUGAUCUGAAGAAAGACAUGAACGAGACUUUUAAGGAGAAGUUUCCUCACAUCAAACUCACUCUCAGCAAGAUACGCAGUCUGAAGAGGGAGAUGAGAGUAGUCGGGGAGGAUUGCGGGAUGCAGCCCGUCACCAUCGCGAUGGCGCUGGUCUACUUUGAGAAGCUGGUGCUGCAGGGUCGACUCAAUAAACAAAACAGGAAGUUGGUGUCGGCUGCCUGUAUCCUGCUGGCUGCCAAGAUCAGCAGUGACCUCAAGAAACAGGAGGUCAAACAUCUCAUUGAUAAGCUGGAGGAGCGUUUCAGGAUCAGCAGGAGGGAGCUGAUAUCGUUUGAGUUCACCAUCCUGGUCGCCCUGGAGAUGGCGCUCUACCUCCCUGAGAGCAAAGUCAUGCCACAUUACAGAAAGCUGGUGCAGCUGCAGCAGUCGAAGCAGUGACACAUUGAUCCCUCCCUCCAGGAACUCUCUGCAACCUUCACCUCCAACCCACGAUGGACAGGUGUGUGUGUGUGUGUGUGUGUGUGUGUGUGUGUGUGUGUGUGUACGACCCCUCAAUGGCGCGACAGCACAGAGCACAUCGGCGUCCCUCCCUCUCAAACCAAAGCGACGGCACACUGUGAUCGAUGGUUCAGCAGCACGCCGAUGCCUGGCUCAACGGCACCGUGGGAAUCACUCCUGGUCAAAUUCCUCAUGAGGCUCAAAAUCAUGUCUUCCGUAAACAAAAUUAUGUUUUGUUUUCUUACUAUCUUCUUUGCAGAGGGUUUAGGAAUAGAAGCUAAAUAAACUUUCAUAUUCCUGUUCGUUCCUACCUUGGGUUUCCAAAUAUUUUGAUAACUCAAGAGUUGAAGAAGAAGACGCAGAGACUGUGAUAACAGAGAAAUUAGCGAUAAAGGCCAAAGAUAACGUAUUUUAGUGUAAAUGUGUCCAAUCAUUAAACAAGACGUUGUUUGCAUUUGACAAUCACUGCAUUUCAAAGCAUCUUUAAUCUGAACUUCUGAGUGAUUUCAGCAAAAGUAGCAACAUUUUGAACAACAUUCACUUUUCAUUGUAUAUUUUUCAUUUCCAUUUAAGCGUUAAACUGGUUUCACUGGUCAGGAUUCCAGUUGGGUCUCUCCCUCGCAUUGAUGACGUAGGGUCAGUACCUUUCUGUGUGCAGCUCUGACUUUAAACUGUCGCGGGAGGGUUCACUGGUUCACAGAAGCCGCUUUACUGUAACACAUAUUUACACGUUUAAGUGCCUUGCUUAAGGGCACUCGGAUAUCAGUUGUUUCUAUCUCGUCCGUCCGUGGAUCCAGAGGUUCAAGCGCGCGUCUUUGUCUCCACCUGUCUUCUGUGUUUGGACCUCUGUGUCUCCAGCAGCAGACUGCUGCGCCCUCUGGUGGUCGCAGAGAAGCGCUGCAUCUACACAAAGAUGCUGCCAUGGUGACGAGAAGCGUUCCGAUCACACUGCAACCGGCACCGUCUCUGCUGCAGCGAAACGCUUUCAUGUCAUCGUGUCUUUGGGAGAGGACGGCUUCUUGAGUUGGACAAAGACGGUGUUCGUGUUUGUUGGAGGCAGCUCGCUGUAGCUGCAGACUUCCUGAGGCAACACCAAGUACCAAAAGUACCUUCCUGCUCUUUAACUACUUUAGAAAACUCCCCUUAUUUAUUCUGUUAUUUAUUAUUUUACUGUGUCAUAAAAGGGAAAAAUAUUUAACCAGGUCAAAUCUGCUUCGUCCAAAACCAAAAUGAGUUCUUUUAGAAGUGGUCAGCUUUUAUUAAUGGCGGCCAUGUUGGAUGAGAGAAUAAAGCACAAAUACUUCCUGUCUUGAUUGUGCACUUUUCAUUUUUGUUUCACAAUCCUGACUCUUUAUUUAAUCACUAAGUAUCAAGGACGAUAUUUUUUUUUUUUCAUGGAAUGUGUUAAAUGGUCUUUCACUGAUCUAAUGUGUUGACAGUAAUUUGUUGUAUUUUGGAGCAGGGGAGCUGAUGAUGUUGACUAGAAGAGUCGAUGGGUCACAUGGUAUCAGAUUGUUUUGAAGCUCAGGCUUUAUGUUUUGUAUAUUUCUUUAAACGUGUCCUCUCCUUCUCUGAGUGGGACAAUCAUGCAAAAACUGCCGAGUCAGAAGAGGGAGAGACCGUGUUUGUGUUUCCUUCUAUGCAGCCACUCAUUGUCAUCAGUAAACCAUGCAGCAAUUAUAGUAAAAUCUCCUUCUCUUCAGUAAAAUGACUGUUGUGAGGAACAUUACAGUACAGCAGUACAAAGUUUGUAAAUGAAUUUGGACUAAAACUAUUAUCAUGAAAAAUAAUGUAUUUUGUUUCUUAUACAUUGAAAACAGCUCUACUGAAAUUUAAAUAGUGCAUCGUUUGUAGUUAAGCAGCUAAAACAUGCAGUAGCAUGAAGAGAUGUUGCUGUUAAAGACGGAGGUUUUGGUUGCAGUUUUCUCUCCUGCUGUUUUAAGUGAAGAAGAAUCCAUGCCUCAUUGUUUGCACUGUGACACUGAGUGCGUUUGUGUAUUUAAACUUAUCGUUUUCAAGUCCAAAGGGGAAAAAAGGGUAUUUUGUCAAUAAAUGGCUGGGAUUCUGAUGACAAAGACGUUAAAAGAAGCACUAUAACCUAAAUAAUAAUAGACUGUGAGCUUCCAAAGUUGUCCACUCCACCUAAAUGAUUGAUUCUAUGCAGCCAUUAUUCUGUCAGCCGACCUUCAUCCUCCUCCUCCUCCUCCUCAGUGUUUACCUUUUAAUGUACCACAGCAUUUAUUUUCACCUAUUUUAUUUUGACCUUGUUGUAUUUAUUUUGUUUUUUUAUCAAGUAACUACUAUUUGUGUUCUUCUUUAAAGUAAUGUAAGUCUUCCAUUCAUGAUUAUUGUUCAAGUACAAUCAUUUUACUUUUUUUUAAAGUUUAUUGACAAUGCAGCCAUGCAGCAGUUUGGCAGCAUUGCCUUUGUGGCUUUAAAUGAUGUUAUUAAUGGGGAAUUAUUUAUAUUGUUUUGGGUCCUUGUUGUAUAUUAAUACGGAUGAAAACAACAAAGGUGAGGCACAAUACAUUUUGGUUGGAGCCAUUCAGAUUUUUUUUUUUGCGAGUGACAGCUGCUGUGUCUCAACUCAACAGUAAGGUACUGGACACAAAACUGAAGCUGAAUGAAAAUAUUUAUACAAAUAUUUGGCAAAGAAUAAAGACCAUAUACUGUUUAAACUGCCAAUGUCAUGUCACGUUUAUUUUCCUUAAUAAAAUAUGAAUUACUACUUC